AUCACUUCAUCUCAAAAGUACCACCAGCUUGGUCAUGCUUGUGAAGGCGGAAUACUGCCUUCUUUUCCCCUACGGAUCAAAGACAACAUACACCCAACCCAAGUUUGGCACGGCACCUGUUUUCCAUCUCACCAACACCAGCUUCAGUGAUAAUUUGACCCUGAUAUCGCCAUUGACCUCUGACUCAAGAAGUCUUGAGCACAGAACGGGAGCUUAAUGACAGGCAUUCUUCUAUAUGGACUAUUGAGCGGACCUAGCCUAGUGCAAGUUCUCCCUCUGCCCCUGAAUGAUCAGUAUUCCUUUGCGAUGUGGUAUAGUUACCAGUAUUUUCGAUCUCUUCUCGAUCACCUCAAACAAAGAUGUCUGCCUGCCAUCUUAUUGAAUGAGGGCUUUCUCAUGUCGAGCUGACUGCUGAUGCGACAUUUUGACUUGGAUUGUUCAUUGUGCUUUUUAACCUCUCCCUGCGUAAGAAGGACUGUGGUGGUAUUCAAAAGGUCUUAUCAUUGGCCAUAAACUCGAACUGCAUGAAGAACUGGAAUGCAUCGCGAUGCCUGGAUGCAAGAGAAGGCCCUCAAUUUCAGCUUGUGCCAGCUGUUGUUGACCAGAAUUCCCCACCAUAUCAUACCUAACCGUGCGUGGUGCGAUACUGGCAUAUUGGCAGGUGUAUGCAGGUGGCAGAUGCCAGUCGAAUGCCAACCGGUUACAACUAUUAUAUUCCAGCCUUUUCUCCCUUGGUAUCGCCCACACCAGCCUUGCCAAACAUAUCUGCCGGUGUAAACAUUGCAUUCCAUACUCGAAAAUUCCCCUCCCGUCGCUCCGAACUGACUUUGUUUCUUGUCUCUUGUGUCGUUCAUUUCUUUCUUUCUCUUUCCUAUGGCUCCUGGAUCUCUGAUCUUUAGCCAACCUCACUCGUUUCCGCUCACUCAACGCCUUCGUUUCUCCCCCUCUACUUUACAACUCCUCUCCUGCUCCUCCAACCAUCGCAACACCUUGUGCUUUGUUUGUCAAUACCAACCUACUUAGGUCACUUAGGCCAAGUUCAUCAUAAUUGUUGUGACAUCCACGAGCAAACCUUGUUUUUAUUUCUCCAGCAUUUGGGCAAGGCGUGCGACUUUGUGGCUGCAAUAUUAUGUGCUGAUCCACCACACUCAGGGCGAUUACAAUGGCCGAUACUAUGGUGUCAACCGUUCGUUCACCACUCUCCGAAGCAUCAAAUCGAAUCAACUCAAAUUAUCCUACUCAAGAAGGUCAGCGCCACAAGCCGCGGUACGACCGCCCUAACUCAUCUAUUGUCAACAACACCGCACGCACAAACUAUGGGCACCCGACUGCAUACUUUUCUGGCCGACCUCCUACUCAACAACAGCCUACAGUUUCAACACCUCAAGAGCAAGCCACUUUAAAGCCUCCCAGUGAGAUGGAUGAUGAACGUCGACAUUCGGCGGCAUCUUACGAUUCUUCAGGAAGUGGCCGCAGUAAGAAGAACUACAAGACGCAUAUAGGGCCGUGGCAGUUAGGCAGGACCCUUGGCAAAGGCUCAUCUGCGCGCGUAAGACUAUGUCGCCACACAGGUACAAAUCAGCUGGCUGCCGUCAAGAUUGUCAACAGGCGGAUGGCGUAUCUUGUACAAGAUAGUAGUUUGGCUGCUCUUAGCAAGUGGGACAAUAAUCUCCCAGAACAGAUCGAUGGCGAGAUGCGUGUCCCCAUGGCUAUUGAGCGAGAAGUGGCAAUCUUGAAGCUCAUCGAACAUCCGAACAUCAUGAAAUUAUACGAUAUCUGGGAGAACCGCUCAGAGGUCUACUUGAUACUUGAAUAUAUCGACCAAGGUGACUUGUUUACCUUUAUCAACAUGAAGGGCCGCCUGAGUGAGGAAGUUUCUAUCUUCUUCUUCCGACAAAUCAUCAGCGCCAUCUCAUACUGCCAUUCCUUCAACAUCUGCCAUCGAGACCUAAAGCCUGAGAACAUCUUAAUCAGUGCCGACCUCCAGAUCAAAAUCGCUGACUUUGGCAUGGCUGCUCUCCAUCAAACAGACACACACCAGCUUGCUACAGCUUGUGGCAGUCCUCACUAUGCAGCACCUGAGCUCCUCAAGAACAGACAAUACAGGGGCGACAGAGCAGAUAUUUGGAGCAUGGGUGUUAUCCUAUUCGCAAUGCUUUCAGCCACUCUUCCAUUCGAUGACCCUGAUCUUCGUGUGAUGAUGGCUAGAACGAAGAAGGGACAAUACGAGAUGCCAAGUUUCCUCAGCCUAGAAGCUGAGGACCUGAUCAGGCGAAUGUUACAGGUCAACCCCGAUAGACGCAUCACCCUCAAGGACAUAUGGCGUCAUCCUCUGAUUCGGAAGUAUGCAUAUCUGGAUAACCUUAGUGACAUCAACAGUCAGCCGCCUGAUAUACGCAAAGGUUUUCAGUAUACCCCAGUACCUACAAAGGAUGUUGAUCCGCAAUUAGUUCGACAAUUGCGAUCUAUGUGGCACAUGUUUAGUGAGAAUGAUUUAAAGCUCAAGCUUACAUGUGACGAACCCAAUGAUCAAAAGGCUUUCUACUGGUUGUUAUACCACUACCGCGAGCAACAACUGGAAGAUUUUAAGCCUGAGCUCGCCCACUCCACAAGUGACUAUCACCACAUGAAGCCCGGCACAUGGAAGAAACGCGUAUCGACAUGCGAAUUUGCACAGCCGAGCGGCAACGGUCACGGGCGUUCCAUAUCACGGUUCACUGUGAUUUCGAAUGCCACUGAACCAGAGCCAGCACUAAACCAGGAACCAUUCCAAACAGAACGUGCGAUACAUUCUCGUGAUUCCCAAAAAGGACAGUCAUUAGUCAGUGUCCACCGUUACUCUUACGCAGAGAAUGGUUCCUAUACUGGGCAGCCCAAAAGGCUUCGAAGCGGCUCAGGAGCACGUCGCGGACGCGGGACCUCAACCCGCAAUUCAACCACAGGGCGCCUUCAAUCUUCUCGAGGAUCGCUCUCUUCGAUGCACAGCAGUCGGCAAGGUACACCUCAUGCGCGGAGUUUGCGACACAAGCGUGGAGUUGACUUCACACAUGUCCGGAAGAGAUCGACAUCAUCUUCCAAUCGCAAUAGGAGUGGUUCAAUGCCUCCUUAUGUUACGGAGCAAGGUUCUACAUAUCAGAUCGAAAUGAUUCGAUCUCACACGCCAGAACUCCCAAGCCUACCUAGUGGCGUGCUUCCAAAAUUGGCGGAUGGACAGGAGCCUCAACAACGCUCCUCGGGGCAAGCGUUGCGAAUAGCGCUUGGGUCCCGAUAUGCCUCCGAAAUCUUCAAGGAGGAACUCCGCCACUUUAGCAGCAAUAUUGCCAAGGACUGUGACGAAGCAUUCAAAAGCUCAUUGAUAGAAGAGGACUCCAUCGCUGGCUCACUGACUGAACCAGACCACACCCAGUACGAAUCCACACCGUUUUCCUUCACCAUCGACGCACCCGAGGACUCGGCCCCAGAUGUUCUCGAGCUUUCGAAUAAGUCUUUCAGCAACCGGCCUCUUCCACCUCUCCCGACUCCGACGCCAAGCUACAAUGGUAAUUCGUUGGCACCAACGCCCACUGGUUCCAGACCAGUGACUGGGGAAUCUUAUUCGGAAGAGUUGCGCGCAGAGCAGAUUAAGGUGGCCCAGCCAGUUGUGCUUACGAGACACACUGAGCGCCGGGUUGUCUCAGCUCCGACUUAUACUCAAAAGCACAAAAGAAGUGCUGCUCUGCCAUCCAUUAACGAAGCUGGAGCAGCGGCCAGCGACAAGGCUCGUAUCGUGUCAGCGCCUCCUCAUACGCCAACAAAGAAAGGGGUUGAUAGAAUCCGUGGCAUCGAAUACUUAAGUCAAGUCGAAAACAGUAUUCGUGUGGUCCAUUCACCGGGUGACGAGAGCCCCGUGAAGAUUCCCGAGCCACUCAACGUACGGAAGAAGGUCCCUGAACCAGAACAACGGAACUCGGCCCCGGCUGCACAACUUCGAGAGCCGGACUCAGCGUCGCAACGCAGUGUGGAUGGUGGUACCACGGCCACAACACUUUCGCUGGAGCCCCCUUCCCAUGAUGCUCAGGCGGUGACAAAGAAAAAAAAGAUGUCUUGGUUCAAACGAUCUUCAAAAGUUGAGUCGGAGCCCAGCCGGGAGUCCGUUGAGUGGCAAGAUUGCACUUCGUACUUGACUUCUAGUGAUGGGAAGCGAAGCGAUUCAACUUCAACAGAGGCUCCGACUAAGAAGAAGACUUUCCACUUUUCUUUCUGGAAGAGCAACAAACAAAGAGACUCUAUUAUGUCAAUCGCCAGACCUGAUCAGAAAGAAGAGCGGCCUUCACUGGAGUUCAACACCAUGGGUAAGACACAUGUUUCCGCGAAGGUAUCUCAGUCCAAAUGGCACGAGUCUGGCUCCGGCCCGGUGCGCAACAUUGAGGUUAAACAAAACUGGCUCGCACGCCUGUUCAGAGUCAAACCAGCAACAGACCACAUUUGCAUGACGAUUUCGAGGAGACGAGCACGUCAGGAGGUUACCAUCCUCCUACGGGAAUGGCGCAAGUAUGGCAUCCGAGACAUUCAAGUGGACAAACAAAGGAACAUUGUCUUUGCGAGGAUUGCAGCUAAGAACUUUUUGAAUCUAAAAGAAGUAUCCUUUGCCGCAGAGGUCAUUACAGUGAUUGAGCAUGGUAAGAAACAGCCACUCAGCAUCAUUCGAUUCACGCAGGAGCGAGGAGCAGCCAGCAGCUUCCACAGAGUAGUCGACACAAUGAAUAUGAUCUUCGACGCAAGAGCUUUGGUAGUAGCCGACAGGAACAAGCGAAAGAUGAUGAUCAAGACGCUCAACUCGUAAUGUCGGUGUUUGAAUCAGCUCCACGCUGGUUCCUUCGAUAUGUACUUGUCGAAAUAUGAUGCAAGCUGGCCAUUGGCACAGCGUCAGCGGCCUUGCGGGUUGGAUCACGGGGUUAUGCGAAGAGUUAUGUGCAUGGUAUUGGUUGUAAGGAGUUGGAUGUAUGAGCCUUUGCUUUCCGUUUUGUUCUGCUUUUGGGUCGGGGUGAAAGGCAUGAUUUCUUUUUAUCUUAAACAUGGACGGGCGAAUAUGCGGAGGACUGGAGGGAAUAGUUGUAGGCUAGAGAUAGCGAUUGAGUCGUCCCUUAACUAGAUAGUCCCUUUAUCAUCCUAUAUCGUGACUUUUCUCUUGGAAACCUGGUCAUUUAAAAACAAAACUAGUAAGGCAAGAUGAACACACGGCUUGCACCCAGAAGGUGAGCCCACGUGUCGGUUAAAUGUCUGAAGUAUGUUUUUGUGUCUUGGAGCUGAUUUCAGCAAAGAGCUGUCCAAGAGCUGAAACUCAUGGUGGUCUUGCCUAGUCCAUGCCCCAAACUUCAUCUUUGUGUAACCAUCAUAAACUGUAGACUUAGAAUACUAAUUUAAUCAAUGGAGCUCAAGUUACAGAAACUGUUGAGACUGCUUCUUCCUUGCACUGUUUAGAUCCUCUGACUUACAUAGCAAUGCGUUUUCUGCAACCCUUCUGUCGAAUAGAGCGGGUCUGCGGGAAGUAAUCAGACAUUAAUCAUCUGAAUUGCCUUGGUUUGAGAAAAAUGACUUCAUAGUUAUGUGUAUGCUUCGACCUUGGGUUUGGGUUACGUCUUAUACUGCUCCAUAGAUUCGAGCAAAUCUUUUGAGAAGUUGUACUGGGGCGCCCAUCACUACCUUGGCAGACAAACAGCCAAAACUCAGGAACCCUUUGCUAAGGCAAGGUCUCCUAUGGUUUAUGGCUGACUUAUAGUCGGCCCAGGGGUAUGAUAUAGUCAUCUUUCACUCUGAGUCCUGAUGCGUUGUAGUUUCAGCAGGUAUAGCCAGUUUGGUAAACCACGCCAUUGCUUAUCUGGACCAGUCAUAGUAAUUCAGAUAGUAUGAAGACCAAAAUAUCUAUAGAUGCUCAUCAAUCAAGUAAUAGAUUAUUCAGGGGAACAAUUAACUCUCCACCACAAAUCAAACGAGUGUUUGACUUACUAUCACCUCCAUUUCAAACUAAUCCGCCUGUAGUCUUGAAUCUCUUGAUAUGCUGGCACAGAUACAUAAUCUUAAUGCCUGAUACUAACAAAUCAACACAUGUAACUCGAUUUGAGCCUGUGUUUAGCUAGAGAGAGCGCUGCUAUGUCUCAUCAGUCUAUUUGUCAAUAUGGUUGUCGAGAGCAACAGCAAACAAGCUUACGUUUACUUCGAGACGCUUGAUAAGUCUUCUUUUUCAUAGAGCUUACCUUGUUCAGGCAAGUGAUACGGUGAGUAGAGAGUACCCUCAGACUGUCCCAUAACACCAUUGAGUGACCCGUGGGCGAAAUGGUAGCUACCAUAGCAAUGAGUUUGGUUGUCGGAGGUCAAGUCCGAAUCGAUCAACAUAUGUGGAGAAGUUCGGUAGUUUCCCCGAGAUAUGGAUGGAUCCCUUCACCUGCCUCGGCUGUUCGGUCGGGAGAUCGGAUCCAUGAUUUCGAUAGCGAGAUGUGCUUCUUCACCGAGACCACAUUAUAUACACUUCUCAAGCUUACUAAAUAAUAAAAGGUAAUAGGUCUUGGAAUUGUGUUCUCUUGCUGGUGGCCUGGCAGUAAAAACCAAAACCUCUCGGAGGUCAAGACCGAAGUACGGUGUCAUUGAUCACGGUAGGUACAGUUGAUAAAUAAGUCAAUAGUUCCAAGAGUGUAG